CUCUGCACUAUCCCGACACAAUGAGCAAGUCUUUAGAAGAACGUCUCAAGACGCAUUCUUCCGCUUUCGAUGGUCUCUUAUCGUUGAUCCCAGCCAAGUUCUACUACGACUCCGCCACCCAGGACCAGUGGCAGCAGAAAAAAAAGUCCAAGGACGAGUUGCGCGAGAACAAGCGCGCCAAGUUGGACCCAGAGGCCGCCAAAAAUGCCGACGACUACAACAAUUUCGGUGCUUCCGCCAAAGAAGUCUUGGACAACAAGCAGGAAACCUCCAAGCCGGUGGUGCUUCCGGGAAAGAGGGUCGCACCGACCGAGCCUGUAGCCGGUGAGGCCGAAGCGAGCGACAGCGACAUGAGUGACAAUGGUAUGGAUGUGGAUUCCGACUUGGAGUCGGGCCUGGACGUUCCGUUGUUGAAGUCUGACGAGGAAUUAGACGUGGCCUUCGAUGACGAAGGCCAGAAGGUUGAGGUCAAAUCUGCAAAGGCGCUCGCUCGGGCCGCGCCAGUGAAGAAAGAACUCAGUCCAGAAGAGCAGAAGGCGAAGGACGAAAACCUCCGCCUCUUGAGAGAGAAGCUUGCAAACAGAAUCCAGGCGUUGAAGCAGAAGCGUCGCGCACCGGGCACCAACGUCCCGGGCGCGCCAAAGUCCAGAGACCAGAUCUUGGAGGAGCGCAAGAGAAAGAAGGAGGAGCUGAAGAAGCGCCGGCACGAGGAAAUGGAGAAGGAAAAGUCCGACUCCGAGUCCUCAGACGACGACUCUGAGGGCGAGGUCGACACCGCCACCGCCAACAACGUACUUUUCCAGAACAUUGAGUUCUCCGAUGGGUCCAAGGUGACAUCGGACUUGACCGCCAUCCGCACGGUUUCCAAGAAGAAGAAGGGCCCGGCCAACAACGAUAUCAAAGCCCAUUUGCGCAGCAUCGAGAAGAAUAAGGAAAAGUUGAGCACGUUGUCGCCCGAGGACCGUGCCAAGAAGGAGGACCAGCAGAAGUGGACACGAGUGAUGGCGCAGGCCGAGGGGAAAAAGGUCAAGGACGACGUGAACUUGUUGAAGAAGUCGUUGAGAAAGAAAGAGGCCGGGAAGAGAAAGUCCGCUGGCGAGUGGGUCGAGAGAAAGGAGAACGUCACCGCUUCCAUUGCCGCCAAGGUCAAGAGAAGAGAGGACAACUUGCAGUUGAGAAAGGAGAACAAGGGGGUCAAGGGGAAGAAGCAACAAAAGAUGUUGAAGAGCAUGAAGGGGGUUGUGGACGGUGGCAGACACAAGAAGAGAGCCGGAUUCGAGGGCAAGACCAAGAACAAGAAGGGCGGCCGUCCAGCCAAGACGUACUAGGGGGACAUCACUGUAUAUUAUAAUGUAUUGUUAACUGAAGAGAUCAAAGUUGCGUC